AUGGAAAUUCUGAUUAAUAAUAAGGCACCAGAAGGGUUUUCAGUGGCGUUGGCACCCGCGUGGGCGCCCCCUCACCCCACCCCCACCAACUUCUGCCUGCCUCUAGCCCUUUAUUUCAACGGACUUGCUGCGGAGGGGGGUGGCGGGGAGGGAUAUCUCUCCGGGAAGCAAGAGAGAAGAAAGAGCAGCCGGCUCCUACCAGCAAACCCGGAGGCGGGGACGCUAAGCAAUGCGGCACUCCCUGGCAUCCAUCAGCCGCGGCUUCGGAGGCGGCGGCGGCGGCGGCGAUCGCAGCAUCAACUCCUCUCGGUGGGAUGGAGCGAGCAGAGAAGAGGGACGGCAGCGGGGACCCGGGCAGAAGACGCACUGGGGAGCAGCCCUGACCACAUCGUCGGCGAGCAGCCGCUUCCUCUCCCCGCGGGAGGGGUGGGGGGUGGGGGGAGACCAGAGCUAGGGCCCCCGCUGUCCCAGGUCCUCGCCCGGCCCUGCCAUUCUCGCCUGCCGGAGAAGAGAAGGAAGCGAGCGAGAAUCGAACGCCUGGAUGGAGGAGGCCACGCGGGCAGCCGCCGCCUUUGUGCGCUCGGAGCCGCUGGGGCCGAGGGUGCGGCUGCUGCGGGCCCGGGGGCCCUCAGCCUGUGCGCGCCCGGGCGGCCGAAGUCAGACGCGCCCCUCCGGGUGCCGCCGCGGCCCCUGCCGCUGCCGCUGCCGCUGCGGCUCCGGCUGCCGCUGCUAAAAGAGGACUCGGCUCAGCCCAACUCCUAAUUAUCCCAGCACAGAUCUCGCUGCGACGUAAGCACUCACUCAGCUCGCGCACGCACUCCGCUCCUCUCGCCCUGACUCUUUCGGAUAGGACCGCAAUUUCCGUGGCAUUCAGAUAUCCCGAGCCCCAAGUUUAGCCCGCUCCCGGUCCCCCGACUCCCGGGCCGGCUACUCGGGACGGGCGUCGCGGGGCCAGGCGGGGGAGCGACGCCCCGCAGCCUCCCCACGCCCCUCUCUCACCCUUUGUGUGCAAGACCCCUGAGCUGCCCGGUGGCGAGUGGCUGUUGUAGAUGGUAAUUCAGCGACACAUUUUCUAGUUCCUGUAGGAGGUAAUUUUGAUGUGGAAGAAGUAGGGAAACAUUUUGUACUUUCCGCAUUUGUAGUUGACAGAAAUGUUGAAUUUAGAAAAGACCAGAGUGGUUCCACAGCAUUGGGCUGAUGAUUAAGCCUCCGGGGGAACUUAUAUGAAUAGUAUUUCAACCACUCUGGCUGCUAAAUUCCUAUUGAAGAGGAUGGAAAUGAGCUCGGGGUGGGGGUGGAGGGACACGUUUUCAGAGGAAGGAAAAACAAGUACUCUUUGACUUCUCAUCUGAUAAUAAAACACGUUUCUGGAGAUGCGUUUGAUAGUUCCCUCAGUUUGAUACAUCUGUAUACUAGAAUCAUCAUGAACAGAAGUCUUUGAGGUUAAGAUGACUGUCUAAGGGUUUGAGAAAAAUGAAUUUUCAAAGCACAGCAUGUAUUACUGAGCCUGUCACUUUAUAAACUUUUGGCUUAUAAAAUGUUGAAUGGAGUCCUGAGUUCAGAUUGACUCAAUGCAACAAAUAUCUACUGAGCUCCAUUGGGUGUGAGCCAUUGUCCUAGAGUCUAUGGAUGGGUGGUCUUGAAGAUAAGAAAACAUUAUUGUAUUUGAUGACUAUUAGAACCUUCAGAUUAAAAAACAGGCCUUCUGUUAUUGCUUUCAAGGUGAUGGUGGUGACAAAGAGAAAGAAGAGGGGUGGCAGACCUGUAUACCACUUUAUUAAUUAAACCAACGCAAAGUGAAGCAAACCAGAAUAAGAAAAAUUGUAUACAUACAGAUAGUCAUUAUCCUCAAAGAAUAAGGGAGAUGGAAAAUAAACCAUAUAUAAACACACACACACAUCUAUAUGUAUAUAUAUGGGCUUCCCAGGUGGUGU